AUGUCCAGUAGCAGCGGUAGCGUUGAGAGCCACAUCACAGACGAAGAAUAUGGCAUUAUUGGACUACUUUAUGCAAAACUGGUGGCGCAGGUUUUAUCAACGCUUAUGAGCGCCUUCGUAGGUACACGCCACGUGAUGCAAGUCGUGGCUUUAAAGAAAGAGAUACGUGCUCGACGCCAAUUGCAGACGCCUAUGCUAGCAGCUGCUGUUCAUCGACUACAAAGCUGUGACGGAAGCGUUCCUACACCUCCUUCGCUGAUGCAUGUGACAGAUGGCGUGCAAUAUUCCAGCCGGCAGAGCACCAGUGGUACACACUCCAGCGUAUCGGAUGAAUACAGACGCAAUCGCGAGGCUUCUUUUCUAGUUCGAGAGCGAGAAAAUGCUCUGUACGCACCAAUGGGUGGGCCAGAUCUAAUGACCAACGAGUGCGACGACGACCGACCCCGAGUGUCAGUGGCUUCAAGAAUUUUACGCGUUAUGUGUAUUACCGACUUUGUCUUUUCGCUCACAGGUGCGGUUGUGACAGCCGUAGAAAUCUGGUUACCCAGUGCAGGAGGCAGUUUUCAACUUACACUUUGGGCUCAAGCUCCACAUUGGUGCUCACAGGUCGCUAGUUUUUGUUGGGUUGCUACCCUGGCACUUUACAUUGCCAAGCAUCGAAAUCGAGCAAGUUUUGAUGUGGCUAUCGCUCACGCAAUUAUCUGGAUGGUAGUUGUAUUUUACUGGGUGCUUGAGCUCUAUUCGAGCUACUACGAAACCAAGGCUUUUGUUCAUGCCGCGAUUGUCAUCUGGAAAGUCAUGGCUGUCGGCUGCUUUCUCAUCACCACAUUUUGCUGGAUCAAUUUCGCACGACGGUGGAAACAACAGGAACGAAGAAAAGGUGCUUACGUUGUGUCCAAGCUGGCGUCUUAUACUUUGGCAUUCUUCGUCUUUGUAGGUCCUAUUGUACUGACAGACUUGGUCCUUGGACUUCACAGCUCAGGUGUUGUCAUGGACACAUGCUCCGUAAUUUUAGCCAUGUGGCCCUUUGUGAAUGCAGUCAUUUACCUCACCAAACCCACAUUAUGUCUGAAGCUCUUUCAGGCAGGGCCAAGCCGCAAAAAUCCUCGCGGACAGUAUGAUUCCGCCGAUCCACAAAACGGUAAUGGCCACAAUCGACCCAAAAGUCGACGCUUUAUGGGUGCAGCCAAUGGCACUGCUAACCCUGUAAAUGGAGGUGGAACCACGGGGGACAGUGGGCAGAAACUCCUCAUGUCGCCUUCGCAUCAUGAACUGAAGGGCCUAGAGAUUGGUGAUAAAAUUGGUGAAGGAGUGGCCGUAGUGUACCUCGGUAAGUGGCGUGGCGCGAAUGUCGCUGUUAAGAUGAAGGCGGUUUUGGCUGCAUUAGAGAGUGCGGCGGAUGUUGUUGAAUUCCAACACGCAUGCAACGUUGAGAUCCAGGCCGAAGCGGAAGUCAUGCGCGGUUUGUGCCACCCAAAUAUUGUGCUUUUUAUGGAAGCGGGAUUUUAUCGAGGGUCUAUUUGUAUUAUAUCUGAGUAUUGCGCUCGUGGGUCCUUACGCGAUGUACUGAAACAACAGACACCAGAUGUCAAAAAUCUUACUUGGCCGACAAAAUUGCGUCUGGCACUGGGAAUUUCACAUGGAAUCCAGUAUCUGCAUAAUGCUAAUCCGCCUAUGAUCCAUCGAGACUUAAAGUCGCCGAAUGUACUUGUAGACGACUCAUGGCACGCUAAAAUUGCGGACUUUGGUACUCUACGCUUUUCCGAGAUCGUAUCGUCGGCAGCGCAGCUCCAGGCAUCGCAGAUCAACCCCAAGAGCUCCGCUAAAGUUCCGGUUGUCGAGAUGACCGGGCUUGUGGGUACGACGCGCUGGAUGGCUCCUGAGGUGAUGCGUGGUGAACGAAUCUACACAAGCAAGGUGGACAUUUAUAGUCUCGCCCUCAUACUGUGGGAACUCAUUGAAGGCACGUUGCCAUUUGAAAAUACGCGAUGGAACCACGAGGUAGAGGACUUUGUACUGCAAGGUGUGCGUCCCACCAUCCGUGCUGAUCUGUGCCCACUGCGUUGGAAAUCGUUAAUUGUGAUGUGCUGGCAAGCGGACCCACAUGAACGACCUACUAUUCAGCAGGUUAUCGCCAGCCUUCAGAAAAUUGGGCGCGAGGAAGUGUGGGAUCCGACAGGCCCUCGAUUUACCGGUGUGAGUCAGCUGGGCACGUCCAUGUACUCAACAAUGUCGCAGUCAAUGUCGCAGUCCAUGUCGUCAUCAUACCACGGAUCACCGACAAAUGCAGGACCAAUUGGCCGCAACUUUAGUCGACACCCUGCACUUGACGAGAACCAUCCAAGCGAGCUUGUCUCGGAAACUGAUACGUUUGCUGAAGAAUUUUCAUACGUUCCGACGCUUGAGUCACUCUCGUCUCCGGUCGUUUUAGGUGAAUCCGAUAAUGGUAUCACCAAGAGGUCCAAGCGGCCACCUCUGACUUCCCACGAUGGCUCUAUGGACUCUUCCGCUAGCAGCAGCAUGACAAGCACAGGUAUGAAAGACAGUAGCUACUAUGGUGCGAGCAUCGCCGGGUUUGACCCAGGCGCGGAUUCUCUUAGCGUUGCCACCGUUCAUAGCAGAUCAAAUGUAAACAGAAGCGGUAGGUCUAUGAGCUCUCGAACGCGUAAAACCAAGAAAAGUCAUCUCGAUUGGCGACAUCGCGCGAUCACAAUUCAAGAAUUACAGUCAACGGAUCUGACUGAUGCAUCACCCCACACAUUUGUUGAGUCUUCGCCGAAUGGGACUUCGUUUAUCGUCAAUAUUUAA